AUGGGAAAAUCAACGCAAGUUGAUGUCGAUAAUAAUCCAACUUCGCCGGAAUCUGAUCCCGCUAAAUUAUUGGAGGCAGCUCUUCUGCAGAUGGAUGGUAUCAUAGCCGAAGCGGGCGGCAAUGCAGCUGGGGCGACAACGCCGAGCGGGCCAGGACGGGCGGCGCGGGCGCGGGCGCUCGAGCUGGCGCAGCAGCUCGCUUCUUCCCUCCAGCACGCUAUCCCGCCGCCUCCAAGACCCGAUUUUACCACCGCGAGCGCCAUCCUGCGUUGGCUGCAGCAGAACAACAACUCAGUUGCAUUGGUAAGUCAUACAAUGUAA